AUGCCCAAGCCGGGCGAGGGCGCGACGCGCACUGUUACGCUACUCCCGGGAGACGGAGCCGGACCGCUGUGCACGAACGCGGUGGAGCAAGUGUUUAAAGCCAUCCACGCGCCCGUGGUGUUCGAGACGUACGAUCUCAAGGGCACCAUGCUCACCGUGCCCAAUGAGGUCCUCGACUCGCUCCGCCGAAACAAGGUGGGGAUCAAGGGAGGCGUGCGAACGGCCGUCGCAGGCGGAGUCAGCUCGCUGACGGUGCAGCUGCGAAAGGAGUUCGAUCUUUUCGCGCAUCUCGCCUACUGCAGUAACUUCCCGGGGCUGAAGACGCGGCACGACAACGUGAACAUCGUGGUGAUCCGCGAGAACACGGAGGGCGAGUACAGCGGGCUCGAGCACGAGGUCACCCCCGGGGUCGUCGAGAGCCUCAAGGUGAUUACCAAGUUCUGCUCGGAACGCAUCGCGAAAUACGCGUUCGAGUACGCGUAUCUGAACAACCGCAAGACGGUGACGGCGGUGCACAAGGCGAACAUCAUGAAGCUCGCGGACGGGCAGUUCCUGGAGUCGUGCCGUGAGGUGUCCAAGGCGUACCCGCAGAUCAACUACAACGAAGUUAUUAUUGAUAACUGCUGCAUGCAGCUCGUUUCCAAGCCCGAACAGUUCGAUGUCAUGGUGACUCCCAAUCUCUAUGGCACGCUCAUCUCAAACACAGCUGCAGGCAUCGCUGGGGGCACCACUGUCAUGCCCGGAGGGAAUGUGGGCUAUGAGCAUGCCAUCUUCGAGCAAGGGGCAUCGGCAGGCAACGUGGGGAACGACAUCAUCAACGCGCAGAAGAAAGCGAAUCCAACGGCUCUCCUUCUCUCGGCAGCCAUGAUGCUGCGGCAUCUGCAGUUCCCGUCAUUCGCCGACCGGUUGGAGCAUGCGAUCUACGGAGUGAUUGCUGAGGGACUCUACGAUUUGUCCGUCACAACCUAUUCGCCUGAUGGCCGAAUCUUUCAGAUCGAGUACGCUGGAAAGGCGGUUGACAAUAGCGGCACGGCUGUGGGUCUCAGGUGCAAGGACGGCGUUGUGAUGGGUGUGGAGAAGCUGCUGGUAUCGAAGAUGCAGGUGCAGGGCAGCAACCGGCGAAUCCACAUAGUGGACAAGCACGCUGGCAUCGCUGUGGCAGGGCUCGUGGCGGAUGGCCGCCAGGUGGUCAACCGCGCCCGCAACGAGGCUGUCAACUACAAGAGUUUCUUUGCGCAUAUGAUCCCACUCAAGGUGCUGGCAGAUCGCAUGGCAAGCUACGCGCACUACUUCACGCUCUACUGGUGGACGCGCCCCCUCGGCUCCUCCGUGCUGCUUGCUGGUUAUGACCGCGACGGGCCGCAGCUCUACUGCAUUGAGCCCUCAGGCGUCACUUAUCGGUAUCACGGCACUGCAGUGGGCAAGGGAAGGCAAGCUGCAAAGACCGAGAUAGAGAAGCUGAAGCUAUCCGAGAUGACGUGUCGAGAGGGGGUGAACGCUGUUGCCAAGAUCAUCGUUGGAGUUCAUGACGAGGCCAAAGACAAGGCGUUUGAGCUGGAGAUGGGGUGGUGCUGCGAGGAGUCCAACCGGCAAUUCCAGAGAGUCCCGGAUGACAUAGUGAAAGCAGCGAGGGAUGCAGCAGAGGCAGCCAUGGAUGAGGACAUGGAUGACUGA